GGAGGCGCGGGGGGAGGGCAGCGGCCGCCGGGCCCGGGAGCGGACGGACCUGCGCCGAGGCGGGCGACGGAGGGCGCCAUGAUGGGAACCCGCGGCCGAAGUCCUGAAGAGAAUUCAUAGAAAGACCUGGGGAGAGCCGCCGGCGACAUGGCGACGUGCAUCGGCGAGAAAAUUGAGGAUUUCAAAGUGGGGAAUCUCCUGGGGAAGGGUUCCUUCGCAGGAGUCUACAGAGCAGUGUCCCUGAAAACCGGUCUGGAAGUGGCUAUCAAAAUGAUAGACAAAAAAGCCAUGCAUAAAGUUGGAAUGGUACAGAGGGUUCAAAAUGAGGUGAAAAUACAUUGUCAGCUAAAGCAUCCAUCUAUACUUGAGCUUUAUAACUAUUUUGAAGACAGCAACUAUGUGUACUUGAUACUUGAGAUGUGUCACAACGGUGAAAUGAGCAGAUACAUAAAGAACAGAAAGAAGCCCUUUUCAGAAGACGAAGCCCGCCACUUCUUGCAUCAGAUUAUCACAGGUAUGCUGUAUCUUCAUUCUCACGGAAUACUGCACCGGGACCUCACCCUCUCUAAUAUCUUACUCACCAGUAAUAUGAAUGUCAAGAUUGCUGACUUUGGUCUGGCAACUCAGCUGAAAAUGCCUCAUGAAAAGCAUUACACCAUGUGUGGAACUCCAAAUUACAUUUCUCCAGAGAUAGCCACGAGGAGUCCACAUGGACUUGAAUCUGAUGUGUGGUCUUUGGGCUGUAUGUUUUACACUCUUCUUAUUGGAAAGCCACCUUUUGACACUGACACAGUCAAGAACACACUGAAUAAAGUGGUGUUAGCAGACUAUGAGAUGCCAGCCUUUUUGUCAAGAGAGGCACAAGACCUUAUACACAGACUACUUCGCAAAAAUCCGGCAGAUCGUUUGAGUCUUUCCUCAGUGUUGGAUCAUCCUUUUAUGUCCAGGUGUAGCUCUGCACGGAGUAAAGAUUCUGGAACUUCAGAAGAUUCCAUGGACAGUGGAAAUGCUACUAUCUCUACAACCUUCACAGGUUCUUCCAGCAUCAGUACCAGUGGUUGCUUGAAGGAAAAGAAGAAGCUAUUGGUUGGACAGCCACUUCCAAAUAAAAUCACUUUUUUCCCUAAAAGCAAGAAUUCCAGUACUACAUCAUCAGUAGAUGGAAGUGGUUCUUUUCAUCAGUGGGGAAUGAAGGAGGCUGGUGUAACUGGCCGAGGAAGAGCCAUACAGCUGGCUGAAGAGAGACCCCAUUCACGCUACCUCCGAAGAGCCCGCUCCUCAGACAGGUCUGGCACAUCCCACAGCGAGGCUCAAGGCAUAUCCAACUGUGUUGAGAGAUCUCACUCUUUAGAACUGCUUUCCAAGCCCAAAGUAGGAACGAGGGAGAACACAGAAUUCUUUUCACCUGCCAACAGCUAUACUGACAUAGGAGAAAUAUUUAAGGAGAAGGCUUCUAGUAGUUCUGGAUCUUUUGAAGGACAAAUAUCUCCACCUGUAAAAGACAAACCACACUCCAAUUAUCUCUGCCCAAUGAAGCCCCAGAUUGGUUUGUUAGAGCAGAAGUCCCAAGCUGAAACAAUGCAGCAGUGGCUUGGAAGCAUGCAAGCAAACGUUCCACAGAGACCACCUGCAGACCUGACUGGUAGCAGUAAUGCACAUGGAGGUUUUCGGUAUCACCUGGAUGUGCAACAGGAUGCAUCAAGAAAUGCAUGGAACACUUUAAAAGAUAUCAGGAGUCAUGAUGCAUCUGUCGACUGUCCACAUUCUUUAAACCAGAGAAACCCAAAGAAAUACAUCCCUGGAGUUCUCUGUAAAUCUGAAACAGUUCAACCAUCUUCUUCAUGUGGCCUUUGGCCAACUUCAGAACAAAACCAAACGUGGAGUAAAGAAGCACCAGCACAUCACAAACCUACGCUGCGAAGUAUGAUAUUGCCUCUUGAUGCUCACAGGCUGAAACCCAUCAGGCAGAAAACAAAAAAUGCAGUGGUGAGCAUUCUAGAUACUGGGGAAGUGUGUAUGGAGUUCCUAAAAGAGCACCAUUCACAAGAACUUGUGAAAGAAGUUCUCAGAAUAUCUUGUGAUGGAAAUAUGAUAGCAGUUUAUCACCCAAAUGAAGGAAGAGGUUUCCUUCUUGAUGACAGACCUCCUGCUGCUCCUGAAAACAUCUGUAUGUAUAAUUUUGACAACUUGCCAGAAAAGUACUGGAAAAAAUACCAGUAUGCAGCUAAGUUUGUGCAGUUGGUAAGGACAAAAACUCCCAAAGUCACGUUCUACACAAGAUAUGCCAAGUGCAUGUUGAUGGAGAAUUCGCCCACUGCAGAUGUUGAAAUUUGUUUUUAUGAUGGAGCAAAGAUACACAAGACAGGUGGUGUGACUCGUGUGAUAGAGAAAUCGGGGAAAUCCUUCACUUUGAAAGGAGAAAGCGAAGCAGGUUUGAAGAAGGAAAUGAAGGUUUAUAUGGAUCACGCGAACGAGGGACAUCGUAUAUGCCUUGCACUGGAAUCUGCUGUUUUGAAAGAAGAAGAAAGGAGUGAAGGUGUUCCGUUCUUUCCAAUAAUUGUUGGAAGAAAACCUGGCAAUACUGAAUCACCACAGGCUGCAACACCUCUGCUGCUGGACAAUAUGAGCUGUACAAAAGAAGUUAUGCCACUGGAUAGAAAUACCCCCACCAGUUCUGCUCCAGUUCAAACUCCAAACUGUGUUCCCUCUGUGGUGUCAUAUGAGACUUCUACCUUUAUUACUGGCACUGCUGAACCUCCAUGCUCCUCUAUUCAGCAAACAGAAUGCAGUCCAAAUUCAGCCCAGCUUGUGAAGUCAGUCUUUGUGAAAAAUGUUGGUUGGGCUUCUCAGCUGACUAGCGGAGCAGUUUGGGUUCAGUUCAACGAUGGAUCCCAACUGGUGGCCCAGGCUGGUGUUUCUUCUAUCACCUACACAUCUCCAGAUGGGCUGACAACCAGGUAUGGAGAAAGUGAUAAGUUGCCAGAAUACAUCAAAGAGAAGCUGCACUGUCUGUCUUCUAUUCUUGUGAUGUUUACCAAUCCAGCCACUUCCCACUGAUUAAAGAAAAGCAGGUGUCAGGACACAAGAGCUCAAUAAAUUCACUGACUUCGAGGUGACGUGACUGAUCUUACUCAGCUUUCACAGGAAUGCUUUCCAAAGCUGGUAAAACAAAAUAGGAAGGGAAGGGUUGCUGUUAGUGUAGCAAAGUGCUUGUGAAGUAUGAUGCAAAAUGUUUUUCCUCCAAAUGAUGGAUACAUUUGCUCAAGUGAAAUUAUGAGCAACUUCUUCCUAGGUAGAGUGCUUCUGAAGAGUUGAUGCUGAAUCUUCGGGUGUUUUUCCUUCCUUCACUCUUUCUUUGGUGCCAACAAUCAAAGAAAAAAAUGCAUCUGUGCUGUUGAAGUGUAUUUGUAAAUAACUUAUUUUUACAUCUUACAGGUAAUAUAUGUAAAUAUGUAUAUGUUUUAUAACUGUUUUUAUUGUUUGUAUCAGCAGCUUUAACUUCCCUGCACAAGCAUUUUAUAUGGAAAAAAAAAAUUAAAUGCAGUGGUUUGUGUCCAGA